AUGUCUGCCUCUAUUCCAACAGUGCCCCCCGAGGCAGGAGGUAGAGGUAUAAAAGCCGCUAGGAAAGCUAGGGCCAAGGACAGCAAUACCCAGGUCUCGAAGUCGUCGGCAACAGACGAGACCGAAAUUACCGUCCAGCAACAUGCGACUCACACCCAAUCCUCACGGGCUUCUGAAUGGAACUCUGUCAGUGCAGAGUACGCUGACGACAGUGGGGAACUCGCAGAAAUGAAUGAAAGGGAAGAGGAGGACAGCCACAUUGUUGUUGUGCUACAGGAGAAUAGAGGACCUGACGACGACAACGACGACAAAGAAGAAGAGGAGGAAGAAGAAGAAGAAGAAGAAGAAGAAGAAGAAGAAGAAGAAGAAGAAGAAGAAGAAGAAGAAGAAGAAGAGGAAGAAGAAGGACCAGCAGAAGAAGGUCAAGAUGAAGAAGAUCAAUAUGAAGAAGGAGAAGAAGGUGUCGAUGAUGAAGACGAUGAGGAGGAACCGAGACUAAAAUACGUGAGGCUCACACAAAAGAUGGCUGGCAUAUACCGAAAUGGAGACGCAACGAGUGCGUUCCUUGUUGCCGGCGACAAGAUGAUCGUUGGCACCCACAACGGAAAUAUUAUUGUCGCAGAAUGCGGUUCAGGCACUACGCACCCGGCAUCGCGACGUGCUGAUGUGUCGCCAACUACCUCUCCUCGGAAGUUGAGGGAGCCAACAGCGGUCCUCAACAUUCCGUCGAACAAUAUAUACAUUGCAACAGCCUCUAUCGAUGGGAAUGUAUGUGUUCAAUCUCUCGUGGACCCCAGAGAUGUGCAGCUGCGAAACUUUGCACGACCUGUGCAGACAGUAGCUCUAUCCCCAGAGUACCGUCAAGAUCGAACGUAUCUAUCGGGAGGGCUGGCUGAGAACCUCAUAUUAACUGUCGGUGGCCAGCCCGGCAGAAGCACGUCUACCACCGUCGGGACUGCCGCUGCAGCUGCAUCCGGCUGGCUGGGAAGCAUUGGUCUUGGCACGAACACAGGGAAGGACACCAUUCUACAUUCUGGAGAAGGUACCAUCAAUACUAUCAAAUGGUCGCCGUCCGGAAAAUACGCAGUAUGGUUGAACGAACACGGUAUCAAAAUUAUGCGCACUAAAGUUCAGCUCGAGAGCGCCGAUGCAGAAAGUGCCUGGAAGCGUAUAGGGCAUAUCGACCGUCCCCAAACAGAGGAAUGGGGCAUUAUGGCCAGUGUGUGGAAGGGAAGAGUUGAAUGGAUUGACGAGCACAAUGUUGCCUAUGACGACAGUCUGAACCCGCACGAAUCGGGUGCCUCUCCUGUUAAGGAGCAACAGUCCAGUAUCACGAAAUCGAUCGAGAGGCUAUUAGUCGGAUGGGGCAGCACGAUAUGGAUUAUGCAUGUUCACCCUGGUGGUGUUGGGGUUGGGAAAAAUGCUGGAGAGAGAUCUGUGGGCAAGGUUGACAUUAUCAAGAUUCUUCGCAUAGAUUGUAUCAUAUCUGGGAUAGCGCUCUACACAGAGAACUUGCUCUUGGUAUUGGCGUGCUGUCUGACAGAGGAUGCCGACAACGCGGAGGCACAGGAAAGCAAGCGCAAGAGCCACAAGUCAAUGACCUCAGCUAAGGCCAACAUCGGCGAGCCAGCAAGCAGCAUUCACCGUCGACAAAACAACCAACCUCCAGAGCUUCGACUGAUUGAUCUCGCGUCACAAGUAGAGGUUGACAAAGACGUACUCGGCGUCAGUCGUUUCGAACGAUUAUCAGGGGGUGAUUACCACCUGGGUUUUCUGCCUGCACAGACCGCAGCAGCAGCAGUGUCAUCAAAAGGGCCGCUGGAGUCCCUUGCCGAUCUUGGGGCGGACAUGUGGAAUGCCGCAAUCAACCCGAAAAUGCUAUUCAGUUCUAGUGCGAGCAUCAAGAGCAAAGAGAGCAAUGACAGCACGACGAUUUCUAGGGCUUCCACAAGCACGACAACGGGACGCAGCCUUCUCCACCGUGAUAUCCAUCCAUCUCUGGCUAAGGCUGGUCUCAAAAUUUUUAUUCACAGUCCUUACGAUUGCAUAUUGGCUACACGACGUGAUAUCUCGGACCACCUUGGCUGGCUGUUGGAGCAUCAGGACUAUCAGAAGGCAUGGGAACUUGUUGACGAGAGACCCGAUGCUGUCCUAUCAAAUGAGGCAUAUUUGGAGCGUGCACCCUCAAUGUUCGAAGAGGGAACGGCAGCGCAAGCUCAGGACGAUUUUUUCGGGGACUCCAUGCUUGACGCACUCAGUAAAUUAGCCAAUUCGCCGGCCGAGAGAGAGAAGAAACGGAUUGGUGAGCUGUGGAUAAAAGACCUGGUAGACGUGGGUAAUUGGACCCAAGCGGGCCAAGUGGCCGGCAAGGUAUUACGUUCGUCUGAUCGAUGGGAGAAAUGGGUGUGGACAUUUGCCGGGGCGGACAAACUAGACGAGAUUACCGCCUUCAUUCCAGCGGAGCCUUUACAGCCACCAUUACCCAGAACGGUAUAUGAGGUAGUGCUUGGCCACUAUUUGAAGGUCGACAAACCUCGCUUUCGGGUGUUGCUUGAGCAGUGGCCGAGCGAACUGUUUGACAUCAGCACAGUCGUCACAGCAUUGGAGAACCAGCUCGACUACCGUGACGUGCGCGAGGACAGCAUCGACGAUGGAGAAAGAGGGCGCGAUUGGCGUAUUGUGGUAGAGUCGUUGGCCCGGAUGCACGAAGCCAAUGGCCGGCAUCGGGAGGCUCUCCGGAAUUAUAUCAAACUUCAGGAUGCCGACUCUGCCUUCCGCCUGAUCCGGAACAACCAUCUUGCAGACGCAGUCACAGAUGAUAUUCCGAGUUUCAUUGCCCUUCGCGUGCCAGUGGGCCAGGCUGAUCAGAUGACUGCCGCCGAGCUAGAGCAGUCAACGGCUGAGGCUAUCACACUUCUCGUUGAUGAGGCUCAGCACGGACUUGUGCAGCCAGAAACUGUCGUGUCGCAGCUGCAGGAGAAGGAGCUCAAUUUGUACACAUUCUUUUACCUACACGGCCUCUGGGAUGGCGACGGCAUCCGGGGGCAUCAGGGCGAGUCACACGACCGGCUUGUUUCGGAAUGCAGGGCGCAGUUGGAUAUUUUUGCCGAUCUCGUCGUCCAUCUUUUUGCGCUAUUUGAUCGCUCACUACUCAUGGAGUUUCUCAAAUCAUCCACCUCGUACUCGUUUGAAAAGGCUGCUAUUGAAUGCGAGAAGUACAAUUACAUUGACGAGCUGGUGUAUCUUUAUUCAAAAACUGGGCAAAUGAAGCGAGCUCUUUACCUGAUAAUCGAUAGGCUUGGCGACGUCAGCCGGGCUAUCGAGUUUGCAAAGGAGCAGGAUGACCCGGACUUGUGGGACGACCUGCUCAACUAUAGCAUGGACAAGCCGCGGUUCAUACGGGGGCUUCUUGAGGAGGUCGGCACGGCCAUUGAUCCAAUUACGCUUGUGCGCCGCAUCCCCGAGGGUUUGGAGAUCGAGGGUCUGCGAGACGGCCUGCGGCAUAUUAUGAAAGAACACGAGAUCCAGCACAGCAUCAGCUCAGGUGUAGCUCGGGUGCUGCGCAGUGAGGUGGCCAUGGCACAGACUUCACUGCGCCGGGGCCAACGCCGGGGUAUCAAGUUUGAGGUGCCGCAAGCGGCAAAUACAGCCUUGGAUGUCUCCGAGACAGCCGAGGCUGCGGAGAACGACACCGUCGACGCCGACGUGCAGACCCUAGAUCCCUGUCUUGCCACCAAACAGACAGCUGGCCGUUGUGCAAAGUGUCUAAUGGUCGUCACGGAAUGGGAGACAGACACACUUGUUGGAUUCGCCUGUGGGCACGUGUUUCAUCUGACGCAUCUGCUGGGUCUGCAGCCGGACGAAGCGACCCGUCGCGGAUUCGGUGGACUGGAUGACGAUGUAGUGCAGAGCCGGCAUAAUGUCAUCGGGACAAAAAUCACCCAUGCCCGGCUGCUGCGGGACAGCCUUCGAGAUGGCUGCCCUGUGUGCAGGGCAGUGCACGCGCAGCCGUGA